AUGUCUGUGCCAAAGAAUUGGCCCCCUCACCUACCCUAUUUGACAGCCCCUCUACUCCAACCCAAAGUCCUCUCGCCUUCACAAAUAUCUCUACUCCAGACCAAACCAGCAUCAUCCUCCGAGACGGAGAUCAUCCCAUCCUCGGCCACGCCGUCGCCAUGCCCGCUCGUCAGAAUCCAGCCCAUCCACGAUGCCGGCCACUCCGCCAACGGCCAGUUCGGCCUCUUCGCCGCCCGGGACCUGAAGCCGGGCACGUUCAUCGUCGCGUACCUGGGCCGGGUGCAUCCAAGCAGCACGACGGACCCGGAGAGCGACUACGACCUGUGGCUGGACAGGGACGCCGACCUGGCCGUCGACGCUUCGAGGGAGGGCAACGAGGCGAGGUUCGUGAACGACUACCGCGGGGUCAAGGCGAGGCCGAACGCCGAGUUCGGCACGGCGUGGUGCGAGCGCUGGAGGCAGCUCUGCGUGGGGUUCUGGGUGGUUGGGCGCGCGGCGGGGAAGGGGAAGCAGGUUGGGAUUAGGAAGGGGGAGGAGAUACUCGUGAGUUAUGGUAAGGGCUUCUGGGGUGUGCGGAUGGCGGAGGCGGAGGCUGAUGCUGGGCUGGAGGGUUGA